AUGUCUCUCGCACGACCAGCACGCAGCGCGCAGUCUCUGCUGCGUACUGCUUCCAAAAUCUCGACACAAGCGACUACUUCUUCCCUACCUCGAUCCUAUGCCACAGUUGCAUCCGAUAUCUUUAAGCCCACGAAAUAUGGCGGAAAAUACACAGUUACACUAAUUCCAGGCGAUGGUAUCGGUGCUGAAGUCUCCGAAGCGGUAAAGACGAUUUUCAAAGCAGAUAACGUGCCCAUCGAGUGGGAACAGAUCGAUGUGACUGGUGUCGAGUCAGGCGAGAAACCUACGGAAGACCUUUUUCAACAAUCGAUAGCCUCGCUCAAGCGCAACAAACUCGGCCUCAAAGGUAUCCUACACACUCCUAUAGAACGAUCUGGUCAUCAGUCCUUCAAUGUCGCCAUGCGUCAAGAACUCGAUGCAUAUGCUUCGGUAGUGCUGAUCAAGAAUAUCCCUGGUCUGAAGACACGGCACGAUGGAGUCGAUAUGUGUAUUAUCCGAGAGAACACGGAGGGUGAAUACUCCGGGCUGGAGCACCAAUCCGUGCCGGGUGUCGUCGAAUCUCUCAAAAUCAUUACCAGAACCAAGGCCGAGCGAAUCGCCAAGUUCGCCUGCGCUUUUGCUAUUGCUAAUAACAGGAAGAAGGUUACUGCCAUCCACAAAGCAAAUAUCAUGAAACUGGCAGAUGGUCUAUUCAGAAAUUCAGUGAAAAAGAUCGCCGAAGAUUACCCGACCCUCGAGUAUAACGACAUGAUCGUUGACAAUGCUUCCAUGCAGGCUGUUUCUCGGCCACAGCAAUUCGAUGUCAUGGUUAUGCCUAAUCUCUACGGUGGUAUCCUUACUAAUAUCGCCGCCGCCCUUGUCGGAGGACCAGGUGUAGUUCCAGGUUGCAACAUGGGUCGAGAUGUAGCAAUCUUUGAACCAGGGGCUAGGCAUGUCGGCUUAGAUAUCAAGGGAAAAGACCAGGCCAAUCCAACAGCACUACUGCUGUCUGCAACCAUGCUUCUGAGACAUCUUGGGCUCGAUGACCAUGCAAACAGAAUCUCAAAGGCUGUGUACGCAGUCAUUGCGGAUGGCAAGGUUCGUACUCGGGAUAUGGGAGGUCAGGCUACGACACAUGAGUUUACACGAGCACUGUUGGAUAAGAUGGAGGCAGAUCUCUGA